CUAGCUCCUGCUAGUACCAUGGGGCCAGAGGGUGGUUUCUUGGGCAGUGGACAGAUCCACAUCAUCCUGUGGGGGAGUCUGGCAGCCCUGACAACACUUUUGUUCCUCACCUUCCUCAUCUUCCUUUGCUCCAGCUGCAACAGGGAAAAGAAGGCCAGACAUCAGAAUGGAGAUCAUGAAAAUCUGAUGAAUGUGCCUUCCGACAAGGAGGUUUUCAGCCAUUCCAUCACAAGUUCGGCUACAGAGCCCCCCCCAAACAGCGAACAGAACGGGGCACUCAGCAACGGUGAGGUUCUUUCUGAAGACAGUACAACUGCCUGUAUCCAGCCUUAUGAAGAAGUACAGACAUCUGAUCUACUAGAUCAACAGGAUAGUCUUGGAAAGUCUGUAAAAUGUCACCAGAGCCGGGAACUACCCAGUAUUCCCCCUAACACCACCAUGGAAACCAUCAUCGCAGCUAGAAAUGCAGAAAAUGACCAAGGUCUCGGAAUGGAAGGGCCUUAUGAAGUCUUGAAAGACAGCUCCUCUCAGGAGAACAUAGUUGAAGACUGCUUGUAUGAAACUGUGAAGGAAAUUAAAGAUGUUGGAGCAGUAGUCAGCAUGGAAGGGAACUGUAACAGCAAAUCAAAGACUUCAGUGACAGUGUCUGAAGGUCAGAAUCAGAUUCCUGACUGCAGAAUUGAAUCAGCAGAAUAUGCAUCUGUUGACCGAAAUAAGAAGAGUCGCCAAAGUGCUAAUUCAGAAAGUCCUCUUGACAACAUACCAGAUGUAGAGGAUGAGCUUCCCCCUCCGGUACCCAUGAAACUUCUUGAUGAAAAUGAGAAUGUGCAAGAAAAAGAAGUGGAAGAAGAAGUGACAGAAGGGGCAAGUAAACCAGAGAAGAGGCUUAGUUCAGUGUCUUACAAGUCUCGAGAGGAAGAUCCAUCUCUUACAGAAGAUGAGAUCUCCGCCAUGUACUCGUCAGUGAGUAAGCCGGGACAGGCCAUCAAGGCACUGGAUUCUCCUUACACCUGUAUUCAAGAAAUUGCAUCUCAGAGGUCCCCGUCUAUUUGCAGUGGCCUCUAUGCAAGUGUGAAAGACUUUGAAAACACCCUAAAUUCUACCACUGUGCCUCAGUCAGCAGACAGACCAAACGGGGAGCUGGAGCCGGACUAUGAAGCUAUCCAGUCAGUGAGCCAAGAAGAAGACAGGACCUUGUCUGUGCCUAACACAAACCACACUGCUCUUUCAGGAGAGAAUGACUAUGAGAGCAUAGGGGACUUGCAGCACCACAGGGAAUUCACCAGACUUUAACUGCUCCGGCAGCUGAUUUCUCUGCUGGUAUUUUCAAACGAACAAGCGAGACAUGGAAGUGCUUCUCCUUUUGAGGAACAAAGCUAAGUACAGAACACAAGUUGAGAAGAGGCAAUGUAUGUUUCAGCCAGGGUGUGAUACCUGCUAGGUUAAUUUGGAUGGUGGACUGAGGCUUAUGGCAAAGGGUACAUCAGGUCAGAACGGAUGACCAGGACAAUGUAAAGGUUUCUUUAUUGCUAGCUCGGAGGCAACCAGAAUUUGGGAAGAAGUGAGUGCCAUGCUUAGUGUCCCAAUAGGAUUACAUACCAAAAAGACUGCCUUUACACAAAGCUAACUUCUCAUUUUGAGAGAUUAUUUUCUUCAGAGUGUUUAUCAAGCAUCAUUUUUCAUUCCAGUUUGGGCAUCCACAAUGCUGAGCAAAUCACGGAUCAUUGUCCCUCAACUCAGACUUGCUUUGCAGGGCUGGGGAAGGCACGCUCACUUCUGUGUUUUUUGCAGAGCUCUGUCCACAUUCAUUGCAACUAAAGUGCAAACAACAGUGCUUCACAAGGGACCUACUCCAGAUGUACUUGAAUUAAUUCUGUUGGCUUUUUCUUUCUUUUGUUUUUUAAUGUCAAGGGUUGUAGAAUGUGACCUGCAGUAUUUGAGACGUGUACUGGUAUUUGUAGGGGUUUUGUUUGAUUAUUUGUGAAAUACCACUUUAAAAUGGCAACUGUCACCCUUAGUGUUCUUGCACCAUUUCCCUUACGUGAAGAUAAAUACCUACCCACGCACACUCCAGACAACUGUCAUGUUGCAAAAAGUCAUGCAAAUAAUGUUUAGUCUAACCUUAAUAGUGUUGAGUCCUUUUUUUAAGAUUUUUGCCCUUUUUUAAGACUUAAAAUAUUUUAAUAUCUUUGUGUAGUUUAUUAUAUAGGAAAAUUUAUGUACUGUGUUGAGUGGAUAAUAUUUUUAUUUUUUACAACAUAUUUUUCAUCUUCAAAGUUUUUGUAGAUAACUUACUGGCUUUUGUAAUAGGAAGAAUCCCAUUCUUUGUUUGGGCUUUAUUUGGUUUUUGUUAAUUUUUUUUUCCUAUUUCAGAAGUAGGUAAAUGAACAGUUGCUUUGGGGCUGUUUUGUUGGCUUUUUUUGUCUCCUUAAGCAGGGAUGUGAAACCUGCCUUGCUGUUUUUAAGCUCAAAAUCAUGGAGUCUAUGUAAAAGAACACGGCCAAAGGGCAAAAAAAGAGGCAGAAGAGACAGUAGGAUUUAGUCAGGGAUAGCCACUAGUCCUCCUUGUUCUUCUGCUGAAAGGAGCAGGAGGGCAACCAAGACCUUCUUGGUUUGCAAGCCACUGGCUUUUUUAAAGAUGCCAAGUUAUUCUGUUACUAUGAAAGACAAAGUACAGUGCUUGAAUGAAAUAAGUAGGUACUGGAUCGGUACGUAUUUUUUCUCAAGAGUGGUACAAUAAAUGGUACGAGAACAGUCCAGCAGUAGAGAACUGGCAUUGUGUGAUAUGCAUGUGUACGUGUGUGCACAUAUCCCCAUGUAUAUAAACAUACACUUGGAAUUUGGACACAAGUAUAAAUUAUGGUCCAAGCUUGGUAACAUUCACAUAUGUAAUAUAUGGCAUGUGCUUGAAGAGCAGGGGUUUUUUUAUUCAAAAUAAACAGUACAUAAACUGAGGUUGGCUUAUUCCAUAGUAGCCAAAGCAGGUUUAGUUUCAGCUCAGUUGUCACUGGGUUUUGAUACACCAGAUUGAGUCCUUCUCGGAUCACUGGCCAGUGCUCAACAUUACUUGGUACUAUAAAGAGCAAACACAGAUCAAAGAAGUGUGCUGAUUUAUGGGCCUUGCCUGUAAAUACAGCUCUGAGGAGCAGUGCAAGUGCGAAGUCAAACUCUGUCCAUGGGGUGAGUCAAACUUCAUGAAUUCUGACCUUGUGCAAUAGUGCAACACACUUGAUCUAUGACUCUCUUCCCCGGAGGAGAAGUCAAAGUGGUUCAGACCAGUCUACAUCCAUCUUGGUUUUGGCCAUGCUGCCAUGUUUUGACAGCUGCAGCAAACCCUUUGCUUCCACUUCACUGCAGUGCUCUUUAAAGCUGACUUUGCUCUUCCUUUCUGGAGUUUUUACCUUUAUAAAAGUUUCUGUUCCCUUGAAUGUGAAUUCAUGAAGUUCACCUUUGACUGUUCGCUCCUUUUAGAUCACACUAUUUAAGGCCAAAGAUAAGGUGCACCACAUUUCAGAAGAUCUGCUGUGCUAAGUCUGAAGAAUUUCUGAAGUCUUUAAUUAUGCAUGUGCUCAGGGGUACUGGUUUAUAUAUGUAGCCCUCAGUAUGACUCCUGCAGCUUAGUGGCAGGCAUACCUCAACUCCUGAAAUUCCCAAAUAGAUAAGAUGAAGUCAUCCCUUUACGUGGAUGACUGCUUUUGGAGAAACACUAGGAACAUGAGAUUUGCCAGGUUCUUCAGUUUCAAUUUCAAGACCAAUUCAAAGACAGAGAUAAUAGCAAAGAAUAACACCAAACUCUUGAUUGUAAAAUUUGAAGGUGCUAAAGAAGAAAAGCAAACACCACUCUAGAAGUGCCCCCACCAAGAUCAGCAAGUCAAAGGGUGGUGGAGGACUUUGUGGUCUUUCACAGCUGGAUCAAGAAUGUUGGUUUGGAGGAAAGGACACAAGACUCAACUCCUUCCUUCCUUUCUUUCCUCUGUUCUGACAGCUGCACCUUGAGACCCCCAGACUUCCCUUUUUCACAGUGAAAUCCCUCCACCUCUCUUCUUUCUUUGGUUUCUAUUUUUAACCUGUGUCAUACAGCCUCACACUGGGAGCUGGUACUGUGCCUGCACUUCUGUGGUGCUGGCAUGUUCCUUCCUGUUUAAAUGACUUUCAGGGUGGUGUUGACAGCCUUUUAAUUGUCAGCCAGACCCUCAGCCUCAUGGAGAAGCAGCUCAAAUUUCGGAUUGCUGCUUGUGGGAUGUGUACCUGCCUUCAGCCUUGAGACACACACACACACAUUGGACUUGAGAACUGCAAAAAAUAAUUACCCUCCUGAACAGCCAUGAACAGGGGAGUCCGUAACUCCCCUAAAAUCUCCAUUAUGUAGUCUAAUGCUCAAGAAAAAUAUUUUAUAACUCAGUCCAAGGUUCUUAAGUGAAUAAUUACAUCUCUUGACAAAGAAUCAAGCUUCUGUUUUAGUUCCCUCUUCCCAGAAGUAAGAUCUGUUCCUUUAUGACUGUUGCCAAUGCUUCAUUUUCACUAAUAUAUCAGAUAGAAUGAUUUUUCCAAUAGUAAUUCCCAAACAGAUUAAUUUGAUUGUGAAGAAAAAGGAGUCUAUUCUACUAGUCCCUUUAUUGCUAUUUUUUCCUCUUUCACCAUAUCCCUAAAUAAAAUGUCAACAUCCAAAAUGAAGUAUUUGUUACCUGGAUCUUUUCUGGGGAAGCUUCACAGUCUAUUUCUUUGUUUCCACUUUUUGGCAUAACUAUAUUAUAAGAUCUCACAUCAAAUUGCCACAUUAGGGCCAAGAGAUGCUUUAAUGUGUGUACAGCUGCACUAAUGAAAAGGUCUUUUUGAUUUUCCUCUGGGAACUGGUAGAAAUAGGAAAUGCAGUUCAGACAUCUCUUCCAUGAAUCUGUGUCUCCUGUGGGAGUUGUUCUUACCACAUACUUAAACCAGUACUAACCCCAUACAUAAACCAGUCAUUCCUUUCUACUAUGAGUGUAGAAUUACUUUCUCAGUCACAGAGAGAAAUAGAUUCUUUGCAGAUACCUGUAGCACAGGCAUGUACCUAAUUACCACACUUAAAUCAGUUAUAGUGCCUUUUUUACAAAGUAGCUAGUACUUCCAUACUCUUUUCCAUACUGUGUAUCUUUAACUCAAAAGUACAAAGGGACAAUCCCAACAUUUACUUGUCUAGGUUGGAAACAUCUUUAUAGAGACACAUUUAAUGUUCUGGAACCCAGUUGGCCGUACAAUAGCAAUAGUAGCUCGCAAACAUCCUCUAAAAAGCCCAGUAAUGUAGCUACGAUGACUAAGCUUUGCAAUAAGAAUUAUCAGUCUUCUUUUGAAGAACCUAAGUUUUUCAAUAGUGAGCAUUCAGGGAGGUGGUGUCCAUGUCAACUGUGAACAGUUAGUUGCUUCAGUCUGUCUAGUAAUAUGUAUGGCAGGCUUGCUUACAUGUAGCAGGAUUCAUGGGGUGAGGGAUGAGCACGUGUGGGGAUUCAUAUUCAUGAGUCACCCAGAGUUGGACCAUCUCCACAGUCGCAACUGGCUGAUGACCAGCUGCCUUGUUCAUCUAUUGUGCCUUCAGGGAAUCCAUCAUGCAGGGAUUCUUCUGGGCUGUGUGCUUCUCCAUGGCUCCCUGAGCAGCUCCUGUCUGCAGUUCUGAUCACAAUUCUGUAUACGCGGUGCUCUCUGUUCAACCUUUCAAUGGUGCUUUUAUAAGAUGCUGGAUUAAUGGUUUCCAUGUGCUUUCUGAAAGCUGAUGUGUAAAGCUGUGGCACAGAGUGCUCUCUCUGGUAUUGUCUGCUUCCUAGAACUUAGCAUUAGCUGUUGUACUCUGACUACAAAAGCUGACAGUGCUGCCCUGUCUCUUGUUCAUCCCACACAGCCAGAGUGGGGUCACCACCUGUAACAAGCCUGCCUUGGUUUGGCCAUGGGUGUUUUAAAAGCAACCAUUCAGGCCAGGUGACCUGGCUUGGAAGCAGCCAGAGACAUGACUCUCAUCUCUGCACUGUGGGAUGGAACAUCACAGAGCCCACCUCAAGGACUUUUUUCUGUCUCCUACUGAGCAUAUACAUUUGUUUGCAAUGUGACUGUAAGAAAUCUGUUUUGGCAACAAACAUUUUAAUUUGGGCCACAGUCUAAUGAGGGACUUUUGCUGUUAGGAAAAUAACCAGUUAUUUCAGAUGAGUGUUAUUUAUUUAAGUUGGAACUUGCCUGGAUAAGGGUGUUAUGUGCUUCACAAGUAACUUGGUGUGUGUAGUCUACUGCAAAACAGAAGAAUGCAGAAAGAUGCUCAGCCUGACGGAUGCUCACGUGGUGAUGUGCUGAAGACUUUCAAGGGCAGGUCUCUUCCUGGGAGCAGGGAACAUAAUUACUAUUUAUAUGAUUUCCUACCCUGUUGCUGAAGCUGAUUUGUAGCAUCUCCUCUGGGACGGUCAUGGCUGAAGACAUUGCCAGAGCAGAUUUUAGCAUCAGGGAAAAAAAAGAAAUAUAUAUAUAUACACAUAUAUAUAAAAUAAAUAUCCCUUGCUGGGUAGCAAAAUAUGUUCAGGAUUGAGGUAAAGAUAAAUGCUACAAAUGGAACAUCACAGUGAUAAAAACACAGGGUUCCCUUUCUUCAAGGAGGAAGAACCCCUUCUGACUGGGCCAAAAGAUCCCAGGCUUACAAAAAGUAUUAAACAAAUUAAUUGCCAAUGUGGUAAUUUUCCAGGAGUGCAUUAGGACAUCACAUACACUAGACACUGUUCUUUUCUUCUGGACAGCAGAAAGUUGAGAGCUUAUUUAUAAUACAAGGUUUCUGUUGAUUAAUAACUUACUUUAUAUACAAUCCAAAGGUCAGAAAGAGGGUCUACACAAUAUAGAUAUAUUUAAGCUAACUCUAAAUGAUCCAGCUCAGGUGUUGUAAGCAGAAUCACUAGAACAAUUUAAUGCUUCACUUGGUCUGACCUGCUCACAUAGCUUACUCCAGCACCCCAAUUUCCAUAGCAAAUGCUUGGAUUAUUUUGGCAUUACAAACCAUUGACCUGUGCUUGGUCUUUAGAUAAUACAAAUCUUACAGUUCUGUUUUUUCAAGCUCCGAGAUUUUGUUUUUGGAGUAUAAAACUUCAGUUUUAAACUGGCCACGUCACUACAAACAUGAUAGCAAAGUGCCUAGAAAUACAAAUAUCUCUGUAAAGGUAAACAUGUUCACUGUUAUUGCACAGCUACCUGAUUACUGUAUGUGGUACAAUGCCAAGCACAUUCCUAAAUGCUAGCUGUCAUUUGUGGUGUUUAUUUAUUGUUAUAAUGGCACAGUCUGACAAGGGUUUUUUCUCUGCGAAUUCAUUGGCUAAUUUUAAUUAGCAUAUGUUUGUACAGAAAAUAUAAACCGAGAUUUUGGUUAGUUUAGAAAGAAACUGUGUUAUUUCUUAUGAUAAUGCAACGAUCAGCUUAGAUUAUUUAUGAAGUAUGUAAGUAUCACUUGACUUCAGAAUGCUUCAUUUGAGAUUUCAGAAUGCCUCCUGUUCAGUGCAAGACAACGUAAUCAACUCUUGUCCUUUUAAUCUUGUAAUAUUGGGCAGGGGGUUUUAAAUGUUACAAAUAUUAUUACUCAAAAAAAGACAGUGCUGAUGUUUUGAAUUCCUAAUGUCUACAAAGACUCAUAUUUUAACUUCCAGCAUAGGUUGGAUUUGGACUACCCUCUUUUUUAUGGAACUGCUCUUCCCCCCCACAUUCAGGUGUCACCACUUCUGUCCUUAGUGAAAUAUGACAGCUGUACAGAGGGCACAGAAACUGCAUCACAUAGCAGUUCUGAAUGGGACAUUUCUAAUGUACCCAUGAGAUUUAAGAGCCUGGACUUCAGUCAGAUGUUUUGGGGAAAUGGCAUCCAGUUUGAAGGAUAUCUGUGGAGGUCUUCACUUUCUUUCAAGGCAAGAAGUCCUGUAUCUCGCAAGCACUCACCUGACAUUCAAAGAUGUAUGUAAAAUGUGAAUUGUCACAAUGUUUAAAUGUAUUAUUAAAAAAACACCUAAGAGCACAACCUUCUUUCUCACAUGUCUGAGGAUACUGGAAUUUGGUCUUUAUAUCUGAGACUGUUUGAGAACGAUAACAUAAAAAGUCUCCCCAAAACAUCCUACCAGCAGACAAGUCUUUGAAAGAGCAUCUGGGUCCCACUGGUGGCUCCUGAGUUUCUGCACGUACUACCUUCAUUAUUUCCAGCAGGGCCUAUCUCAUCUCUGUGGCAAUGACUACUUAGGAAUGGCCCUUUGCUUCACAGUCCUGACCCUUUAACUUAGGAAAGGGGAUGUGAGCUGCUCCUCCUCAGGAAAGUGUGCUAAGAGCCUGCAGACCCAGAAAAGAGCAUUCACUGUCAGGGCAAGACAGGUACAGCCCACUGCAGCAGUUAGGAAGAGAGAGGUAAAGGAACAAAAACUAACUUUUUUUUGCACUUCACCCAUCUCACAGAUCCCCUGUUUAGAAAUAUUUUUAUAGUAGAAGAGAUUAUAAUUAAGGGAUAAGUUGCCGAGAAUCUCACAGGAGACAGAUGGAAUUGUUUACUCUUCUCAGUAUUCCCUAUACCCAGAGAGGCAGGGGCAAGUCCUCUUUGCCCAAGUGUGAUGCAGUUGGAUCAUCUUUUAUCAAGCCCCUGUAUCAACAGAACUGAAAUGAAUACAUAAAUUCUAAAUACAUGGUUUUUUUCAAUCAUAAACCCAACAUGGACAAAUGUAGAUGCACUAAUGUUAAGAGCCAUAUGUAGAUCUGAACUUGCACAGAUGGGGGGGGUUUAGUAAAAAAACCACAACCAACUAAACAAACAAACAAAAACAACCCAAAGAAACAAAAAACCAACCCUAACUGGAUUACUUUAUUUAAAUGGCAUUAUUUGCACUGAGCUGAGGAUGCAGGAUUGGGCCCUAAGACUGAGUUUAGAAGAAGUUUGGUUUGGUGCUAGGUAUUUUUGUUUGUGUUUUCAGUGAAAUAUAUUUUCUAUUAUACUUGGUAAUUGAUAUGAGUUUCAUAAGAAAAACAAAGAAUAGUCUGGUAUAUGGAUAAUUAUGCCUAGUAGCUAAUUGUUAAAUCAUGCCUCAAUAAGAGUCACUUAAAAUUGGGUGCUAUAGGAGUUUCAGCAUAAAAUUGCUUUACAAAUGGAACAUUGCAUACUUAGAACAUAGUGAAUAAGUAUUUGUAAUUACAAACACUUUCAUUUAUUUUAUCCAUUGUUUUAUAAUGGAAAAAAUAUGUAUUACUGGAAUAUUUCCCAGCAAUGUUCUCUUACAAAAUGUUCUAGCAACAAAAUGUGUUUUCUGGACAACCAUUUGAGUCUCUGGUCACUGACACAGAACUGCAAAACAUCCCCAAACCACUAUGAGCUUGUGCAAAGAGAGGAUUAGAACUGUCUCUGCCUAUCUUAGAGCGGAUACAGUUAAAUAUACUGUGAAGUUCAGAUCUGUAGGCAGUGAGACCAGUUCAGUGCUUAAAUGACUAUGCUGUAUAAAGCUGGAGUCAAUGCAUGCAGACUUCUGAGAUGGCAGUAUCUAAGGCUUGUUUGCUACAUGAAAGGUUAUUUGGCUUGCUACCUGUUUGAAACCAACACAGUUUUAUCAACACCACUGCAGACACUGAAAUACUGUAGUUUUGUAGAAUGUAUGUUCCAUAAAUUGUAGCUUGACUGUAAUUGCAGGGCUUAUCCUACUGUUAGAGCAGUUCGGAUCCAACACUAAGUUGCAUUUUGUAAAUUAACAAAUGCCAUUAAAUUCCUCUCAACACUUUGUAAUAAUAUAUAGGAGUUGAUGUAAUUUAGUCAUGCCUUUAUUCCAGGAAUCUUCAUCGGAUGUUUCUAGCCAAUUCAGCUUUUGGCUGCUGAAAGCACAGUAGGCAAUUAUGGUUAUUUACUGUAAAUGUAGACUAGUUUUAUGUAAAUAUUUCAAGGGUAAAAAUGCUACAUGAACAUAUGAGGCAGUUACCUAAAACUAAGAACACAGGUCAAUAAUAUAAAAUACAGGUUUUAUUUAUGUACACUAGUAUCCUAAUAUCUACUUGUUUAUAUGCAGAAAAAAAUUGUAAGAUUCUGUACUGUACUUUUAAGAGAGGCUCUGCCAUUUUCUCUGGUAAUGUAUUUGCAAAUAACUUUUGAAUUUAGUGGAAAUCCAUGUAAAUUAUGUCAAAUGGGAAACAUGUUACAUUGCAAUGAAAUGAGUUUAAUUCAAAAAUCCUGGCAACAUUUAUUGGAUUGAAAUCUAUAUAUAAAUUCUAUAGCCAGACAGAAUAAACCACAAUAAAUAAGCUUUGUCUUUCGUUUAA